GCAUUAUGGGUUUUUUUUCCGCUUUCCCCGAACUUCUUGACAGAUUCGACUUCAGAUUGAGAGCGUUCAAGAUGGCUGCUACAGGUCCAAAGUAACAGCCUUGCCCACAGUCCCCUGUGCAUGCGGCUCUCUUAAGGUUGCAGCAUCCUCAGUUGUGUGCCCCCCAACCCUGCCCCCGCUCCUCCUGCUUCUCAUCAUGUCCUCCACCUCCUCUUACUCGUCGUCGGGGGAGACCAGCCCGGAGGAUGUACCCCGUGGUGGUGGCACCAUCCGAGUCUACCUCCCCAACAAACAGAGGACGGUGGUGAACGUCCGGCAAGGACAAACCGUUUACGAGAGUCUUAAUAAAGCGCUCAAAGUGAGAGGCCUGAGCCAAGACUGCUGUGCUGUGUUCCGCCUGCUAGAAGGUCGUAAGAGACUGACGGACUGGGACACAGACAUCACCCCUCUGGUCGGAGAGGAGCUGCUAGUCGAAGUCCUGGAUGACAUUCCUCUUACCAUGCAUAACUUUGUACGGAAAACUUUUUUCAAACUGGCUUACUGUGAUUUUUGCCACAAGUUUCUUUUUAAUGGCUUCAGAUGUCAGACAUGUGGCUACAAGUUUCACCAGCACUGCAGCAGCAAAGUCCCCACUGUGUGUGUCGACAUGGAUACAGUGAGCAAACGGUGUGACAGCAAUUCCUGCACAGAUUAUCCUCAGAUACUGUUGCCUGAGAAUUCGCCAUCGCAGAGCAACCUCGCCUUAACCCCAGAGCCUGCUGGAUCAGGCCUCCUGUCCCCGACCUUUAACUUUCCAACAACAGGUGGAGACGGCCAGUCUCUACAGAGACAUCGCUCCACCUCCACCCCCAACGUCCACAUGGUCAGCACAGUGGACAUUACUAAUGUAGUCAUCAUUGAGGAAACACUGAAAUACAACACGAUAGGUAAGCCUCCUCAAAACAUCUGCUCUGGUUUCAUUCUCGUCUCAUCCUUAUCGGUGUUAUGUGUCCCCGCAGGCCCAGAGCCCUCGCCCAAACCCCCCACCAGCCCACCCUCCUCUCUGGGCUCCCCCGGACGGAGGCUGCAGAAGUCCCCCUUAGAGCACAAGGAACGCAAAUCCUCCUCAUCCGACGACAAGAAGAAAGUGCACCGCGGAGGCUACAGAGACUCUAGUUACUACUGGGAGGUCCCCUAUCGAGAAGUCACCCUGCAGAAGAGAAUAGGCACGGGUUCCUUCGGGACGGUCUUCAAGGGCAAGUGGCACGGAGACGUGGCCAUCAAGAUCCUGAAGGUUAAAGAGCCAACGCCUGAGCAGCUGCAGGCGUUCAAGAAUGAAAUGCAGGUCUUACGGAAAACCCGCCAUGUCAACAUCCUGCUCUUCAUGGGCUUCAUGACUAAGCCCAACUUUGCCAUCAUCACCCAGUGGUGUGAGGGCAGCAGUCUUUACCGCCAUCUGCACGUCACAGAAACCAAGUUUGACACGAUGCGUCGCAUUGAUGUGGCCAGACAGACGGCGCAGGGCAUGGAUUACCUUCAUGCAAAGAACAUCAUUCAUCGAGACCUGAAAUCAAACAAUAUUUUCCUCCACGAGGGCUGGACUGUAAAGAUCGGUGACUUUGGCUUGGCCACGGUGAAGUAUCGAUGGAGUGGCUCCCAGCAAGUAGAGCAGCCCAGCGGCUCCAUUCUCUGGAUGGCUCCCGAGGUGAUCCGGAUGCAGGACAGCAACCCGUACACCUUCCAGUCUGACGUUUAUGGUUAUGGGGUGGUUCUGUUUGAGCUGAUGUCAGGAACUCUUCCUUACUCCAAUAUCAACAACAGAGACCAGAUACUGUUCAUGGUGGGGCGUGGUUACUUGUCUCCAGACCUUGGUAAACUGUGCAGCACCUCACCCAAGUCUAUGAAGAGGCUCAUCAUCGACUGCCUGAAGUUCAAACGGGAGGAGAGGCCCCUUUUUCCACAGAUCCUGGUAGCCAUUGAGCAGGUGCAGGAACUGAUGCCAAAAAUCGAGCGAAGUCGCUCGGAGCCAUCGCUUCACCGGGCCGUCCAGGCCGAGGACCUGAACCCACUCCUGUUCCACACCACCAGGCUGAUGCCCCUCUAGGCCUCCUGCGGCCCCGGCUGAGACGCAACAGCGUUCCUGUGCAUGAGAGGACACAGCUGGCUCUAAAGACAGAACACACACACCCCACCCCCACCCGGUACCCCGCAGAGCCCCGGAGCCGCACAGCUCAGUACCAAACUCUACAAGCAACCGCAACACUCUGCUUAGUGUGAUGGUGAACCUUACCACACCACACAAAGACCUGAUGCUAAAGAAUAGGAUAACCCAGAGACACACUGCCUGCGACGCAGAGGGAGGGGCUUCUGAUGCAGGGAUGCUGCUUCUCGUUUCCCUUAGUCAGACCAGAGGAAGCUAGAAGUCAGGUUAACAACCCAGAGCUGCUGAUGUUCUGACACUUCCUCACUUUAUGACCAACCACCCAGCUCAGUCGGGGGUGGAGGUCUGAGGGGUGAAAGCAGGAACUCUUUUCUUAGAGGAUGACAAAUGUAGUCUUAAUAGGAACCUUUUGUAUGUACUGUUUUGAUCAAUAUUUGAACACAAUCACCAAACCAGCCAGUCUCAGGGCUGGGAGGGAAGCACUGAGGAGGUUCAGGUGAACUGGAGCUGACCUCCAGGUUUGUAGGACAGUGUCCUGCAGAGGUCAGCCAAAUGGGCCCCAGCAGCCUCUUCCCACCUUACUGGUGAAGGACAAACUGGUAGUCCUGAACCACACCAGAUCAGGUUUUAAAUAGCAGGCCCCAUGAGCUUGAGAUGCGUGGUCAGAGUUCUGACUGGGAGUGGAGCCAUGGUUAGACCGCUGCAUGCUGAGGCACAGGAGGUCUGCUCAUACCUGACCUCUCUCUGGUAGCUGGCUGGAGGGGUGAAGAGACGGUUGUUGUCCUUGUUCCUUUGGGUUGUGUGAGCUUCCUGCACCUUCUGUUGACAGACGCAGCCAAGUUCUCCAACAGGUUCACAGCCAGGUUUCACUCUGAACUCAGGCGGCUCCUUGGUGUUUCCUAAACUUAGGGUGAAAGUUUUGGAACCUCCAUGAGUAAUGACACGGUAUCCAGGCAACAUGUUGGUCUUCUCAGGCUGCUCGGGCCUCUCUGUUGACCCUGACGGUUCACCAGGGCUCAGAUAGUCGGACUAAAUCAGAGCAGCGGAUGAGAUCUGUGCAAUUGUUUCUGUUUUGGAUUGGAAACCUUAGUGGUUAAGAAAAUUGAAUCUUUGGCUAAUAUUUCUGUCUGCUGAUGCCAGAACCAAACAUAAGCCAUACUUGUUGCCUGCUUCGGCCUGUCGUUGGCGCAGGCAGCCAGCAGGGUGCUGACUGCAUCAUCAUCAGGGUGCGUUCAGGUUCAGUCAGUAGCUGUUCUGCCAUCGCCUCGUUGCUCCUUUUCCUGCUGGCUCAGCACACACCUCUCUAACUGCUGACUACAGCUCGGUGCCUUGGGGUUUGAUCUGCACCGUGAUCUAUGAUGCUGCUGCUGCUGCUGCUGCUGCUGAAUUCAAUUCUGCUUCAGUUGACCUGCCAGGCAGCAGCAGGUCAGUGUGCGCCAUCUGCUGGAUCACACAGUAAACUACAGCCUGCUGCAGUGGUGGUCCUGGUUUUCAAUGAGCUCUCAGCCCUGACCUUUGACCUGUGCUGGAAGUUCAGGAGUCUGUAGGCCUGUGAAGGAAGCGGCAUGUCCUGGUGUCUCCUCAAUUCUCUUCCCCCAGAUCAUUUUAAUUCCUGCCACAGUUCCCGUCACUCUGUACUUCACAGCUGAUUAGAAAUGACUCCCAUCGGCCCGAUGUUCCAGAGGUCACCGCUUUCUGAUGCUAACAUGUCUCCUGGUGUCGAGUUGAACGAGCAGACAGCAUUUGAUCCACCAUGUUCUGAUGGGGCUGGGUCCCCCCAACUCUGGAUGCUUCCUCCUUACUGGGCCAGAGCCUCUUUCUCCUCAUUAUUUUUUAAUCUUUAUUGAACAAGAAUGUACAAAGCAAAUAGCACAUCAAAAGACAUUCAAUACACAAAUAAACAAAUCUAGGAAAAAACAACUAAACUAGAUAAUUUUUUUUAUUUAAUUAGAGGCUUCAGGAAACUAUUUUUGUAAUUAGAGAGGAACAUGCUGCCUGUGUGUGUUCGUGUCCUGUGGAUGAUCUGGUCUGUGACCUCAGCUAGCCUCCCGGCUAACACGGUACCGUCUGCUCCUCCGCCACAAUGCUUCUCCUCAUGAACUCAAACUAGUUAGCAACAUUUAGCUCAUAGGAGCUUCACUACAGAACAGUUGCUGAUAGCAACGCUACGAAACUGUACAAGUAAUUUAUGUGGUGUGUGGAAACUUGAUCCUGAUCAGGGAUGUUUGAGUAGAACUUGAACGUCGGACCGGCGCGAGGCUGCUGAAUGAAACGAGCUGCUCUGUAACUUCCUGUUAAAACAGUAUGUUUUUUUUUUUUUUAAUGUGAUUCCAUUUUAGAGACAAACUGUUCUGUGGCACAGGUCCUUCUCUACUCAUAGGAUCUCACUUAUGUGUUUGCUUGCAAUAAUUCUGGCUCAGUGUUGCAAUAUGGCGGCGUCUGGCUCCAGCCGCUGCUGCUCGUCUUAUUUAUCUGAAGCAGGAAGUAACGGCGACGGCCCUGUUCCAGUGGAUCUGCAGGGUCCCGCGCCUCGUCUGAGACACUGUGCUGCAUGUGGAGACUCACUGGGCGGGGUGGACCAAACUUUACACAGCUGUUAGUUUCAUAGAGUUAAAGGAAGAGAGAGCUGUAUCAGUAGUUUCUUUAUUUUGUCUCUUCAUAUCUUUUAGGUGAAUUGCAAUACUGUUGUUUCUGCGGCGUCAGGUGUUUUCAGUUUGCAAUAAACGGUGUAUUCUGCUGUGUACAGUUACAUUUUUUUAAAUUGCA